AUGCUCAAUGAACCGUUUGGUCCGCUGUGGCGCGAGCCCCAUCUACAAACGGGCAUCCAGAUGCGGCUAUGGCGAUCCCACGACGUCUUCCAAACAACCAUCAGAGACGUCUACGCUGCGAUCCAAGAAAUGUAUCACAAACUCGGUCUGCGGCCAGAAGGGACAGCCCAGUUGCUCGAGGGCAAUAGCAGCAGCAACAGUACGAUCAACAGCACUCGUCAGCGCCUGCUCAAACGGGUGUCCUUUUCACUACGCAAAACCAGCUACGACGACCUGCUCUCAUGCAUAAAGGACGGUAUCGCGAGCCUGGACACACUCACUGCACAAAAUGUGGAGUUGGAAAAGAGCCACAAGAUACGUUCCCAAAGUCGGCAUUUGGUCCUAUUGCGACGUGCCUUGAAGAGCGUGUAUCGAGCGCUGCAGCAUGGGCUCGGCGUGCGAUGCAUCGACUCGCAUGUGCUGCAUCUUGCACUCGCGUCGCGGCCCGCGAAUAUCACACCCCAUGACGAUGACGAAACCGUCUCCCAGGGCCUGUCGUUCCGCCUUGCCAUUAUAAACCACCCCGAGGCGGGCGCGUCGGCGUCGGCUCUGUCCUGCAAUCAUGUGAUGGUCCGGGAGUUGGCAACCGCCGUACCUCCAUCACCAUCAAUACCAUUACCGCCGUCACGUUCGCCAUCCCCGAUCCUCCCUCACGUAGUAUCCCCGGCCACUCCGGUCACCAAAAAGAUGGGUCGAAGUCGAAACUCGGUCAGCUUCCUCGGACGAGACCGCAUAUUGUCCGGUAGUAGCAGCAUCAACGCCAGCUCAACGGAUGUCCAAAUCACCAGCAUCACCAGCAUCACCCACAGUACGGGGACCGGAAGUAACACGAAUAUUGCCAACACCAAGUUAGUUAGGGCUAGUUAA